AUGCAGUGGAAACUCAAGCUUUUACCCAACCCAAUAUUGGUCAAGUUUCAACCCGAGGUAGAUCAAUAUGAGGAGAUGAAGAAAGAUGUCAAGGUAAAGGUUGAUGAUGUGUUAGCUAGAGAGAUUCAUGAUCUUAAGGAAGCAAUGAGAAACCUCCAAACUACUAGGAGAAACCAAAGCCUAGAAUAUGAGGAUAUGUGUGUGCAGCCUGACAUUGACUUGCCUGUAGGGUACAAACUGUCAAAGUUUGAUAUAUUCAAUGGAAUUGGUGACCUUCACACACAUCUAAGGGCAUAUUGUGACAAACUGGUAGGAGUGGGGAUAGAUGAGAGGGUCAGAAUGAAGUUAUUGUUAAGAAGUUUAUCUGGUGAAGGUUUUGCUUGGUACACACAACAAGAUCCCCAUAAAUGGCAUGGUUGGAGUGAUAUGGCACAAGACUUUAUGGAUCGAUUUAAGUUCAAUACUGAUAUCACACCAGAUAGGUUCUACCUGACUAAGUUAAAGAAGAAGUCAAAUGAGACAUUUCAUGAGUAUGCUCUACCUUGGAGGUCACAAGUAGCUAGAGUCCAACCGCCGAUGAGUGAAAGUGAAAUGACUGCUACCUUCAUUGAAUGCCAAGAUAGCAGUCUUUACUAUGAGAAAAUGAUAACCAUGAUGGGAAAAAAGUUCACAGAAAUCAUUAGAAUAGGAGAAAUCUUGGAAGAAUGA